UCCUAUCUGUAAACGUAGGAGCCUUUAAGAGAGAGGGAGAGCAAGGAAUGAUCACUGCCCAUUAAUGUAUCAUGAGAGACUGAGCGCUUCCUGUUGUGUUCCCCUGCACAUCACCACACACUCCCUCACUCCGUCUCCUUCUCUCCCUCAUACACACCUCCCACCUCAAUGCUCGGCUGGGCCUGAUCGACUCGCAAGGAGAAAGCUGGAAAGGAAGGAAGCGACAUGGGCAACACACCUUCUCAAGAGCAAAGAAAAAAAAAAGACUCCAGAGAAGACGUCAUUUAUUCCAGCCGGUCUGGGACACACAUGAUCUCUGCGGACGAUGCUGAAUACCCCCGAGAGUACCGUACUCUCGGUAACGGGACAAGGCGAUUUUCCAAUGUGGGCUUGGUGCACACUUCAGAGCGCCGGCACACUGUGAUCGCUGCCCAGAGCCUGGAGGCCCUGACCAAUCUCCAGAAGUCUGAUAUGGACAGGAAGAGAGACGCCUUCAUGGAUCACCUAAAGAACAAGUACCCUCAACACGCCUUGGCCAUCCGUGGUCAGCAGGAGAGGAUUCGAGACCAGCUGCUCCAAGGCUCUUCGUCUAUCCUGCUUGCAGGGACCUCGUGCAACCCUGAUGCUCUGAUGUACAGAGAGACACAGGAGAAUGCAGUGCCUGUGUGCCUAGAUAACCCAUCAUCGCAACCAAACUACUGGAGCUUUAAGACUAGGAGCUCACGUCAUUCCCAAACCUCCCAGCCCGGCCUUGCAGAUCAAGCAGCCAAAUUGUCCUUUGCUUCAGCUGAAUCCCUGGAAACCAUGUCAGAAGCAGAGUUGCCACUUGGCUUCAACAGAAUGAAUCGUUUCAGACAAAGCUUGCCACUGUCUCGAUCCACCAGCCAAACCAAACUACGUUCACCAGGUGUCUUGUUCCUUCAGUAUGGCGAUGAGACUAGACGGGUGCACAUCACUCAUGAGAUCACUAGUAUGGACACAUUACAUGCUCUUAUAGUGCACAUGUUCCAGCAGAAGCUCACGAUGGGAAUGCUGAAGUCUCAUAACACGGCUAUACUAAUCAAAGACGAGUCCCGGAACGUCUUCUAUGAAUUGGAAGAUGUCAGAGACAUUCAGGACAGAAGUAUUAUAAAGAUCUACCGGAAGGAGCCCAUUUACUCUUCGUUUCCUGCUCCUCACAUCACCAACGGGGACGUGAGAGUAAGCGGAAAAGACCGCUGGUCAGACUGCUGUCACCGGCUUUGGCUGGGUCUGGGCUGGGGGCCGGAACGUGAGAUGAUGUAUGGAUCCAGAGAUUCUUCCCCUACCCGACGCCUCAAUAGUAUGUCUCCUGCUUCUCAUUUGGCCUCUGGAUCCCCUCCUCCAGUACUUCAGUCCUCCUCCCCAGCACGCUCCCGCAUGUCUUACAGUGGCGGACGGCCACCUUCCUAUGCUGGAAGUCCUGUGCAUCAUGGGGACAGAAUGUCUGGUCUUCCUCCAGCCCAAGGAGUUUCUCCUAGUCCUAGUGCUAUCUUGGAGAGACGCGAUGUGAAGCCCGAUGAAGACAUGACCAACAAGAAUGUGGUGCUGGUGAAGAAUGAAGGACUUUACUCAGAUCCUUAUGGAAUGGUCCAUGAAGGAAGACUUAGCAUUACAUCCACUCAGUCCCUAGCUGGACUUGGGGACCCUUUCUCAUACCCAGGGGGUUUAUACAAGCGUGGAUCAGUGCGCUCUCUGAGCACCUACUCUGCAGCUGCUUUACAGACUGAUCUAGAAGAAGGAAUGUACAAACCUAAUUCUCAGAUAUAUGGAGACACGUAUGGUCCUGGAAUGGGUUUCCGUAUUCCACCGUCUUCACCACAAAAGGUGUCCGAUGGAAGGAUGGUGGACGUUAACCAGAGUCAAGGUCCCCAUAGCCCUUAUUCAGGACCUUCUAGUCGCUCCUCCCCUGUUCGCCAGACAUUCCGCAAGGAUUCUUCCUCUUCUGUUUUUAUGGACAGCCCAGUUGGUAAGCAAAGGAAUCCCAGCUCUUCCUCUGGCACCAAUGAAGGAUUCCCUGGACCAGGGGAACGUCCUCUGUCUGGGUUCAGCUCUCCAGUGCCCACUAAGGAGGUGGAGACAAGAGAACGGAUGGAAGCCAUGGAGAAACAGAUUGCAAGUUUGACAGGACUGGUUCAGAGUGCCCUCAUGCAGAGCUCCCACAGUGAUAAUCCCAGUGAGAAAACUGAAUCAUCAAACAGUGGAUCCACCACUACCGGACCUCAAAAUGCUGGUACCCCAAUGUCCACUCCCACUCCAGGCUCCACUGCCACCCCAGCUGACCAGAGUAAGGCCAUCACUCGCCUGCACAUGCAGCUUCAUCUUCAUGACCUGCAGCACAAUGCCAGUGAGCUGAGGAACCAGCUGCAGCAGCUGAAAAAACUGCAGCUGCAGAACCAGGAGACGGUGCGGAGCAUGUUGAAACGUACAGAGACUGAGAUCAGUGUGAGAUUUACUGACACCGUGCGUAAGCAAGAAGACCCAUUACAGCGGCAAAGAGCUAUGGUGGAGGAAGAAAGGCUGAAGUAUCUGAAUGAGGAGGAGCUGAUAACUCAGCAGCUUAAUGAUUUAGAGAAAUCAGUGGAUAAGAUUAAGAAAGAUCUUGCACACAACCACCGCCUGAUAUCUGUGCAGGAACUGGAGGAGAAAGCGGUUGUGCUCAAACAGCUCGGAGAGACACUAACAGAGCUGAAGGCUCAGUUCCCAAGCUUGCAAAGUAAAAUGCGAAUAGUUCUGCGCGUGGAAGUGGAAGCAGUGAAGUUCCUCAAGGAAGAGCCACAUCGCUUGGAUGGGCUGCUGAAGAGGUGCAAGACAGUUACUGACACACUGGCUCAGAUACGCAAGUGUGUUCUUAUGUCCUCUAGGCAAGUAGAUGAUGGUGUUUGGAACACCCCAGAGAAUCUUCAUAAUCCCUCUCCCAAGCAAAUGGCAACCGAUGGAGAGAUCUCUAAAAGCAAAGAUUUUGAGCUCCCCUCUAGCCCCCUAACAAAUUUCUCCCAGCUAAAUGAGUCUCAGACAUCCAGCUGGGACCCCAUCUGUCACAGCGAUGCUGCCUCCCAUACCGGUACCCCCACCCGAGGGGAAAUGGUGACUGUAAAGACUCAGACAGUCCCAGAGACACAGAACAAGAAGGUGGGAGCUGAAAAAUCGGUUUCUGUUGAGGCAGCCGAGCGAGACUGGGAAGAGAAGCGAGCCGCACUGACACAGUACAGUGCCAAAGACAUUAACCGCCUACUGGAGGAAACCCAGGCCGAGCUCAUGAAGGCUAUUCCAGACUUGGAUUUUGCAGCCAAACAUAAACCAACUGGAAGUGCAGCAUCUACCCCAGAGCACCGUGCCAGUAAGCCGCAGCAAGCACAAAAGCUCAGCACCAAAUUAGAUCCCAAUGGGAGAAGAGGCUCCGAUGAGCUGACAGUCCCUAGAUACAGGACUGAAAAGCCGUCUAAGUCCCCUCCCCCACCUCCACCCCGCCGCAGCUUUCCGUCCUCACAUGGGAUCACCACAGCUCGAACAGGAGAGGUGAUCCUCACCAGCAAGAAGGAUACCGUGUUUAUCAAGAAGUCCGACUCUGAGGAAAUGGAAAGCCAGAAACCUCAGGUGAAGCUUCGUAGAACUGUGUCUGAAGUGGUUCGCCCAGCGUCCACCCCACCGAUCAUUGCCUCUGGCAUCAAAGACGAUGACGAUGAAGAUCGGAUUAUUGCGGAGCUAGAGGUAUUCCAGAGAAGUUCUGGCUCCCUCUUUAUACCUCAGUUCCAUUCUGAGCAUUCAGCGGCAUCCCAUUCGGUGCCACGUCCAGCACAUCUGUGGUCCAAUGAGGCCACCAUAGAACAUGGAGGAUGGAAGGCUGGAAAUGCUUCUCCCAAAGAUGACGGCUUAGAGGUUCCAUUGGUAGAAUCCUGUGUGUCUCUGUCUCCUGGUCUCCAGGAAUUAUCUUCUCCAUCUGUGGACAAUGGGAGAUUUUCGCUGCCACAGAUUAUAUUGACAGAAUGGUCUUCCAAUCCACCAUCACCUCCAGAUGGAAGUUAUAACUUUACUAAUGAGGUCAACUAUGGCAAUUCUGCAAAUCUUGGUGUCAGUAGUGUCUUGAUGGAAAAGGUGACAGAUUGGUCCUGUUUAGCGAAGAACAUGGAGUCUAUCCUUGAAGACCUAGACCGUUCUGCUCAGUCUUUAACAGGAUAUGUGGGCGCUCAGCAUAACUGUGUAAAACACAAUCUCAUCCCCCAGUCCAAUUCGACAAAUAUAAAAGAUGAGGGCAGCAAAAACACAGAGCAUGACAGUAUUGGCUUCAUGAUAAGGAAUAAUAGAAUAGUCUCAUUAUCUAUGGAGGAGAAAAAUAAGUUAUUAGAAGAUAAACAUUUAUGUGAAAUGAAAGAAGAGCUUAGAAGUGGGAAUUCUUUACAGAUUUCCACAGGAAAUGUCAGUGCUCAACCUAAAGACAAUCCAGUCUCGGCUUUAUCUACUGAAGCACAAGGUCCGAAGGAGACACAAAGUCAGUGGUGUGACAGGCAGGCUGAUGUAGUGGGGUUGAAAGAACACGAAGAACAGAUACUUGAGAAAAUGGGAGAUUUUGGAGGAAGUACAGAGCAGAGACUGUCAUCUAGUGACUAUGAAGGUAGAUCCAACAAGGACCGAAACGUACCAAAACCAAGCUAUCCUGUGCCAAAACCCAGACAUUUACAAGUAAAAAUACCAAAGCUUCAAACUAUCAAUAAUCCAGAUGUUCCUCAACAGAUAAACAUAGAAGGGUCGCAUAUACAGCCUGAUGGAAAUUCCAAACUCCGCAUUAUUGAUGUUCAGAAAAUGUUGAACUUUGCGGCAAAUGAUGAAACCAGUGUGCGCCAGGUCCCCAAAGACAUUAAGACUGAAGAGGACACCCAGGAGGGAUGGAAGAGCAUGGACAUUUGCAAAAACACAUACAAGCGCCUGGACAGCCUGGAGGAAAGCAUACGAGAACUGGAGCUUACUAUUAAUUCCAUUGGUGUCCAUUCAUCUACCAUAGAGCAUAAUGAUCCACAGGGGCAUCGCUUCCAUGCAGACAUGGACUCAAAGCAAGAGCAGAAGAGCCUUUCUCAUCAUCUGAAUGGGGAAACCACUAAUGUAAAACCUCUCAAAGGGAUGGACAGCCCCUUCCUUCAUAACACUAAACCACCUUUACUACCAAAGCCUCAGAUCUUUAAGAGUGGGGGUAUGUCCAUUCCACCCAUGAAGAUGGUAAAUCCAGUGGGAUCAAGGCUAAAGAGCGUCCAGCAAAGCAGCGGAGACAAAAGCAGCAAGCACUCCAAGCAAAGAAUGGAAUACAUGAGGAUCCAGGGCCACCAGCAGGCAGCUAGAUCAUCUAAAGAGGCUGGCAGCGUGAAUGAGAAUAACCCUGGAUCAGAUAAAAACGCACCUUCUCGAACCUCUAUCCCUGUACUGACUUCCUUUGGUUCAAGGAACUCCUCUAUUUCCUUCUAAAUGAUCUACUUUGCAAGUUUUUAUUCAAUUGUGCUCUUCUCAUCUGAAUUCUUCUUCUUCAUGCUCCUCGAAGUGUGGACUAUUAAGAUGGCCAGCUUCUUCUGGCUAAGAGCCCUCUCACCAAUUUUUUUUUCCCCUUCUGCGUUUUAUCAGCUUUGAGAAACGUGACGCAGCAAAGGGCUGAAAACGCGGAGAGGAGCGAGAGACGUGAAACAGCAGUCGACGCAUUCCAUGGUGCCUCCCACCUCCCCAGGCGUGACUGUUACCACACCUGCAGCUGCUCAUCUGUCCAAAUGAUGUAGAUACCAAUCUUCGCAAUCCUGAACUUUACCGGACAGUAUCUCGGGGUCCCGAGCAUUGUAUGUUGCUUUGUUUUAUUUUUAGGCCUAAUUUAUUUGUUGUUCCUGUAGUUUCUGUGGAAGUCUAGAGAUGUCAGGAUGACUUUUUUUUGUGUAUUGCGUUGCCAGCAAUAAGCAAAGACCCCAACCUAUCUCCCCCAACCCUCCCCCCAAGAGAGCAGAUUGUAUUUUUGGGUGUUAAUACAGCACCCGCACUUUCACAGUAGCCCAGAAGUAUGAAAGAAAAGGUAAGUCCGGGUUUUUGUGCCACGUCUGGGUUAACCAUUGAAAGCACAUAUGGAAAGGAAGCGGUGGCUUCUGUGUCGUCAGGCACGUGGUAUUACAUGAUCGCUCACACAGUGUGAGAUGCCAGGACUGGUGAUGGUAACACUGUUAUCUUUGUAUAGCAAUAUCUAUUCUCUGACCAGUCAUGGGUAGGAGCAGAAGGCGGACUAAGGGGCACAAAUGUAGAGACGUUCCCGGGCCUUUCAUCAUCAAUAGGAUUGUCAGAAACUCAAAAGGAGUCAGAACCACCCUAUGGGCAUAAUCCGUACGGGUCGAUAGGGUUUUAACUGUAGGACAUUCCUGUAUAACAUUGUAUAAUAUAAGCACAGACAUCGAUAACACUAAAUGUGAAGUGUGUGUGUGUUGGUGAAUUGUGCGUCUAAGAACGUGUGUUUUAUGGACAGGGGAGAGACCUGAAGAGCAAGUCACACUAUUCCAUUUGCUUCUGUCUAUUCACGCACUGUGCGCUUAGCUUUUUAUUUAUUUAUUUUAAAAUUUUUAUUUUUUGUAAAAUGUUCAUUUUUUUUGUACAAACGGAAGUGGAGUUUAUAUAAAGAUAAAGGAAUAACCUAUACGGUCAUAUCUGAGUCACAGACUAGCUAUUUCCAUUCAGUGAAAUCAUCUUUUUUUCAAUUGUAUUACGAACAAACCUAUAUAUAUAUAUAUAUAUAUAUAUACAUAUUAUAUAUAUAAAAUAAAUACCGAAUAUAAAUAUAUAUGUAAAAAUUUAAAUAUUUCCUUUUAUGGUGAAGGAGGGGUCGAUCGAACAGGGUAACUCCACAUGGGGAGGGGCUGAAAAUUUUAAUGUCAAAGAUUUUAUUCCAGACCUAAGAAACCUGAAGCAGGGUUUAGGGUCUGUACAGGGUUUUCUAUAUCUGCCCGUCAUCUCUUGGUGCCACAGGUAUCCAAUAUGUCUGAUCAAAUUCCUGGACAUUGCCUGCACUGAAAGCAUCUCUUAGGGAUUGUAGGUUGUUAUGUAAUGUAUAUGGCAGAACAUCCCCGAAUGAAUGCGGCACAGCAACAGAUCCAAAGAAAUUCUAGCAAUCUACCAGAGCGUUAAAUUAUUAAAACAGAUUUAUUUAUUUUAUUUUAUUUUUGGAUGUUGCUUAUUAACGUCUUGAGGAAAAUGUUAUUUAAGAAAAAAAAAUAUUUUAGAAGGAUUAUGUAAUAAAAUAAAGAUUAUUGUCUUUAAUAAAAGCACAAAUGCAGCAUCAGCAGCUUACAUAGAAGAGAAGGAACCCCAUAGUAAAGAAGGACAUGGGUCCCAUAUCUUGGUGCUGGGUAUGGCCAUCCAGGGCAUUAGGGCCUUGUGUUUGAUUCUAUUCCUAUUCUAUUAAGGUCAAUUCUCCAAGUCUUGUUUGCUGAGUGACAAUACAGCUCCUCUAGGCUCCUGCACAAGUUUCUGCCCCUCAGUACCAAAGGGACCAACCAAAGACUGUCUCCUACACUCCUAGGACCUCAUUGAUGUUCAUAGUUUGCCCUUAUGGUUUGUAUGUCCUUGCACAAAGCCCCAACAAUCUGACCUUUACAGUGGUUAUCUAGGCUUUAAAAAUGAUCGCCUAUAUUCUGAAUAGACCAUUAAUUCUCGAUUGGCACCUCCACCGAUCACCUGUUUAAAGGGAACCAAUCAUGAGAUUUUACCAUAUAUAAUGCAUGGCAACACAUCACAUUAUAUAUGGUAAGAUCUUCUUCCUACCAUCUCUGAAGAAACGUUCCUGUCCGCAGGCAUGGUGAGGAUAUGAAGUUAGAAAGUCUCCUCUGUCAGCUCCGUAAGUUGUCCCCUGGUUGGGGUGCUAACUCUGCUCCAUCAACUCUGAGGGUGCGUCAUUACAGCCGGAGCGGCGGGACUAGGUGAGUAUAGCUACCUGCCCAGGGGACCAUUUACAGGGAUGGCAGGGGAGCCUUACUAACCACAGGUUAUAUGUGGCAUUGCAGCUCAGUUCCAUUAACGUGAAUGGAGCCAAGUUGUACAGGGUUGAGGACAGGGUUGGUGCUGUUUUCGGAAAAAAAAAUUAUUUUUAUUUCUGGACACUCCCUGCAAAUAAACCAGACAUGGCUGCAGUACCUUGCACCGCUGUUACUAAUAAUACGACGAUUGCAAGUACCAGCAUUUUUAAACUUUGAAGUCGGACCCCUGCCAAUCUAAUAUUGAUGGCCUAAUGUGAGGCUAGGUUGUGAAUUUAUUAAAAUCCCACAUAACUCCAUUCAGACAUGUCUGUAAGAUACAUGGUCUGGACAUGUUGGCUGAGAGUUGUAGUCUUGAAACAGCAUGGCAAUCACUGGUUAAAACAGUCAAAUCUGGAAAUAAUAUCAGCCUACGUUCAUACCACUACUAAACAUUUCCCUAGGAAAGUCAUCCCUGUAGAUUUUGUUAGGUUUCCUUGGUAAAUCCUUUUUAUAAAUAUUUUUCCAUUCUGAACAUUCUUUCAUAAGUUACUAUAGCAACAGCAAACGCUUGUGUUCUGACUGUACGUCCAUCACGUUAUCUCCCCCCCACCACCACCUCCACCACACUCCACCCCACCACCACCUCCACCACACUCCACCCCACCACCACACUCCACCCCACCACCACCUCCACCACACUCCACCCCACCACCACCUCCACCACACUCCACCCCACCACCACCUCCACCACACUCCACCCCACCACCACCUCCACCACACUCCACCCCACCACCACACUCCACCCCACCACCACCUCCACCACACUCCACCCCACCACCACCUCCACCACACUCCACCCCACCACCACCUCCACCACACUCCACCCCAUUACUAUUAUAGCAGCAGACACUCGUAUAAUACAUGAAAUCUUAAUUUCUGUAUGUUCAGAGUAGAAUCACCCUAGAGGAAUAAUUGAUACAGUAUCAGACAUAAGAUAGAUACGGCCUUAUUUUGAUCAUUUUCCCUGUUACUAUGUUGUCCUUAGAUUGUAACACAGUAUAUUAGAAAGUUGGAGCAUUACACGUGCUGGGAUAGCUGAGCUAUAUUUCUGAACCCACGCUUUAGAUGCACUAGUCUACGCAUACAGUAUUUCCGAUAAAACUUUAUGAGAAAUACAUAUAUUUCAGAUAUAUUUAGUUUACCUUACAGCAUUCCCUGAUUCUUUACCACGUAUGACAAUCGUAUAGAAUCACAAUGGCCUAUAAAAUCUGUUUAUCAUCCACCAAAUGGAGUUGCCACUUCUACAUACUUUCCCUGCUUAGGCUCCAGUCUUGUCACCUAAAUGAGAACUCCAGCCAAAAUUAACUUAUCCCCUAUUCACAAGAUAGGGGAUAAGUGGUGGGACCUCCCACGAUCUCCAGAAUGGGACCCUGACUCACUGAGGAGCGUGUGACAUCUACCGGUAGACGGCACGCGCUCCAUUCAUUUCUAUGGUAGCGCCGGUGAUGCGGGACUCGGGCCUCUUUGGCGCUUCCAUAGAAAUCAAUGGAACAUGUGCAGUCUGUCUUUUUCAUAGACAAAAAAACGGAGCAGCGGCCAACUAUGUGCACAGCCACCCCACCCAAUCACAAACUUAUCCCUGUCUUGUGGAUAGGACAUGUUCACACAGAAUUUCACAAAAUUAUGCAAAAAUUCAAAGGCCCAUUGAGUUCAAUAGGAUUCCACCUGGAAUUCUGUUCAUAUGAAAAUUCCGGUGCAUUCCUGUCAGUGAGAUUCUACUGCACAGUGCACACUACGUAAUCUUGCUAAUUCUUUCCAGGGAAUCCCGGGUGGAAAACAUUGUGGACUAUCAGAAGUGGCAAUGUCUUCAUGGUCCUAACGCCGGAUGCCCCCGGGAUCACCUGUCUAAACCUGGCCUAACUGUUAGCGGUCUGGUCAAGAAAACUUGAACAUUCUACUACUACAUGGGUUGCAUUAGUAUUAGAGCUAUACUUAAAGGGGUAUUCCAGGGAAAAAAAACUUGUUUAUAUAUAUCAACUGGCUCCAGAAAGUUAAACAGAUUUGUAAAUUACUUCUAUUAAAAAAUCUUAAUCCUUUCAGUACUUAUGAGCUUCUGAAGUUAAGGUUGUUCUUUUCUGUCUCUCUGAUGACACAUGUCUCGGGAACUGCCCAGUUUAGAAGAGGUUUGCUAUGGGGAUUUGCUUCUAAACUGGGUGUUUCCCGAGACAGGUGUCAUCAGAGAGGAUUUAGACAGAAAAGAACAAUCUUAACUUCAGAAGCU